CUGUUCCUGUUUCAUGCUAGCUGUCACGCUUGCACGCAAAUUGUGAAAGUUCAAGAGACAGCAAGUGUGAAGAAAGCUCAUUUGUCUGCUUUGGCGGUGAUUGGUGGCCUAAAAUGCUUUCCUUGUCGACGGCCGUUCAACCACAGGUGACUAUUCCCCUGAGUCAGCUCGUCAACGUCGUCCACUCGCUGAAGACCUCCGUUGGAAGCGGCGGUGCCGUCGGCAGGCCGAGAGCACCCCACGAGCACGCCUCUCAGUCGGAACCGCGUUACCCAGAGCCCCUGUGGAACCUCCGGGACCUCGGCCUGUCAGACCUUGGAACGCGGCAGCUCAAUGACUUGGCGCUUCGGGUGUUACCACGUUUGAAUUUACAGGACGCGCCGCCCGCUGUCGUCGCGAGUCGGACAAUGUGGCGAACGUCCCACCUUUCCACGUGCUCCUUUUUUGGAAACAAGCAUGGCUUUCCCCAUCUUGGAAUGUCAGCCCCAGUUGAUUCCAGGCAGAGGCCCUCUCCUCUUCAGUCAGUCUGCACAGAGCUGCAACACUGUUCAGUGUGGAUCCAGCACAGAGGCUUUAAAACAUUAAGGCGCAAAACCAAAAGACUGCAGUCGGCGGCUGUUGAGCGCCCAGUCGAACCAGAAGGUUUCCCUCCAUCUUUCAUGAAGGGCUUCCUGACACGCGACAAGGGCAUCGAUAUGGAAAGUCUUGACAGUCUGACGAAGAUGGUGAACCUCCCCGAUGGACAGCAGGAUGCUUUUAAGAGGGGCUUCGCGGAAGGCUUUCUGAAAGCCCAAACCCUGACUCAACGCACACAAGACUCCCUGAGAAGGAAUCGACUCAUCUUGUUGGCCGUGCUUCUUGUUGGGCUCUAUGGCAUCUCCAAGAUCCCCUUCAUAUCAGUGCGGUUCCGAACCACAACAGGCCUGGACUCCUCAGUGGAUCCUGUCCAGAUGAAAAAUGUGACAUUCGAGCAUGUCAAGGGUGUCGAGGAAGCAAAAAAUGAGCUGCAGGAAGUGGUAGAGUUUCUGAAGAACCCUCAGAAGUUCACGAACCUGGGUGGAAAACUGCCAAAAGGCGUCCUUCUGGUUGGUCCACCAGGGACUGGAAAGACUUUACUGGCCAGAGCGGUGGCGGGGGAAGCAGAUGUUCCUUUCUAUUAUGCCUCAGGGUCUGAGUUUGAUGAGAUGUUUGUUGGAGUCGGAGCCAGCCGCAUCAGGAAUCUUUUCAGAGAGGCGAAAGGGAAUGCUCCAUGCGUCAUCUUUAUUGAUGAACUGGACAGUGUGGGUGGGAAAAGGAUUGAGUCUCCCAUGCAUCCUUACUCUCGGCAAACCAUCAACCAACUGCUUGCUGAGAUGGAUGGGUUCAAACCCAAUGAAGGAGUCAUAAUUAUCGGCGCCACCAACUUCCCCGAAGCGUUAGAUAAUGCUCUGAUCCGCCCGGGACGAUUUGACAUGCAGGUCACUGUCCCCAAACCAGAUGUGAAAGGACGAACGGAGAUUCUCAAUUGGUAUCUCAGAAAGAUUAAAGUGGAUGCAGCCAUAGAGGCCAAGAUUAUCGCACGCGGCACUGUGGGUUUUUCUGGCGCUGACUUGGAAAAUCUGGUGAACCAGGCUGCCCUGAAGGCAGCAGUAGAUGGUAAAGACAUGGUCACCAUGAAGGAGCUGGAGUUUGCCAAGGACAAAAUCCUCAUGGGCCCCGAGAGAAGGAGUGCUGAAAUCGACAAGAAGAACAAGAUCAUCACAGCAUACCAUGAAUCGGGCCACGCUAUUGUGGCUUAUUACACCAAAGACGCCAUGCCCAUCAACAAAGCCACUAUCAUGCCAAGGGGCCCCAGUCUGGGACAUGUGUCAAUGCUGCCGGAGAACGAUCGCUGGAGUGAGACGCGCUCUCAGUUGCUGGCUCAGAUGGAUGUCAGCAUGGGCGGGCGAGUCGCAGAGGAGAUCAUAUUUGGCCACGAGUUCAUCACCACUGGAGCAUCAAGUGACUUUGAUAGUGCCACCAAGAUUGCGAAGAUGAUGGUGACAAGAUUUGGAAUGUGUGAGAAGUUGGGUGUGAUGACCUACAAGAACAUGACAGAACAAAGUCCAGAGACUCAAGCAGCUGUGGAGCAUGAAAUCAGAGUUUUACUGAGGGAUUCUUACGAGCGAGCCAAAGUCCUCUUGAGGACUCAUGCCAAAGAGCACAAGAACCUCGCUGAUGCGCUGCUCUUGUAUGAGACGCUGGAUGCCAAAGAGAUCCAGCUGGUCUUGGAGGGAAAGACCCUGGAGACCAGAUGAAAGCCACCAGGGAAACACAAAGACGUGGGCCUGGUUUUGUUUUUUACUAAGGGACUCCUCGGGGCUUGUGGAAACGAGAUGUGAAUCUACGCGUUAGAAAAUCUUAGUGUGGUGUGAUGUCCCAUCUUGAUUUCUGUUACUGUUACGUAAUGUUAUAAUAUCCCCACGUGAGCGCUUAAAUGCUCAUUUACUUCAAGGCUUUAAGUGUGCUCCAUUUUAAACUCGUGCAUUCAAAUAGUGUCUGCUGCAUGUACUUAGAGCUCCUCCUGGAUACACUGAGUCAUCGUGCUGGCACAAUAGUAAAUAACGACAUUUUCAUGCUCAGGGCACUCAGUUGGUACAUGAAUGUAAAUAAGUACGCACAACAAUCAUGAAAUGCUGCUGAGCAUGUGAUUAUCUUGUACAUUAUUGUUUAAGAAUGAAGUUAUUUAAGUUCAGCUGCAUGUGCAUUUAACAUUAGCAGCGGGAGCCAAUCCAGUUCUUGAUUGGUACUGUACUUAUUUCCUUGUUUUACCUUCGAUGGCUUCAUGUAUGAUUGGCUUAACAUCAACUCAACAACUGUUUCUACUUUGUUUUUUCAAUGAGGUGGCCUUUGGGGGAAUGUACGGUGUGUAUGGUUUGUCUUUUAUGAAAUCACAUUUCAUCACGGCACUUUUAAAAUGCACACAAAGAACAGGUUCUGUGUCCAGAUGGGACUUAAAAGUGCUGCUGAGUGGUAAGAAAAGCAACUGUGUAUGUUUUUGUAGUGCGCUACACAUCUUGAAAGUAGUCAGUAGUUACUGGUGGCCUACUUGGAAAAUUGCAUUGUCAACCAAACUAUCAUGUAACCAAGAACUUAAUUGUGCUGCGUGGCGAAAGCAAGGCUUUGCUUGUUUUUGUUGUUUCAGUGAGUAGCAACCAAUAUUAGCACAAUCUUUUGCUGCCCACUUUUAGCUUUUUACAAACGUGAUUCAUUUUGUGGGGUGCUGGUUAAUCUGUCAAUUUUUACUGGGAUUGGCUGGCGACCAGUUGAGGGUGAACCGCGUGAGGAGAAGGGCUAUGGAAAUCGGAUGGAUGGAAAUGUCAAUUUUCGUUUUAUUUGUCAUUUUUCCCUUUAGUGUGGAUGGUGCAUUUGCUUCUGGGCUUUUGCCCAUGAUGAGCUGUAUACAAGAGUGGGAUCUAAUAAGAGAAUUGUAAAUAGAUGUAUGAAAAAUAAAACAUCCGUGUGCACACUGA